GCUGUUUUGGUACUUUAAAAACACUAUUUGUAAAAGGAACAGGAGUACUUGUGGUACCUUAGAGACUAACAAAUUUUUUAGAGCAUAAGCUUUCGUGGGCUACUGCCCACUUCUUCGGAUGCAUAUAGAGUGGAACAUAUAUUGAUGCAAUAUAUAUACACAUAUACAGAGAGCAUGAACAGGUGGGAGUUGUCUUACCAACUCUGAGAGGCUAAUUAAGUAAGAGAAAAAAUUUUUUUUGAAGUGAUAAUCAAGCUAGCCCAGUACAGACAGUUUGAUAAGAAGUCUGAGAAUACUUACAAGGGGAGAUAGAUUCAAUGUUUGUAAUGGCUCAGCCAUUCCCAGUCCUUAUUCAAUCCUGAGUUGAUUGUAUUUAGUUUGCAUAUCAAUUCCAGCUCAGCAGUCUCUCGUUGGAGUCUGUUUUUGAAGUUGUAAGAUAGCCACCCGCAGGUCUGUCAUUGAAUGGCCAGACAGGUUAAAAUGUUCUCCCACUGGUUUUUGAGUAUUAUGAUUCCUGAUGUCAGAUUUGUGUCCAUUAAUUCUUUUGCGUAGAGACUGUCCGGUUUGGCCAAUGUACAUGGCAGAGGGGCAUUGCUGGCACAUGAUGGCAUAUAUCACAUUGGUAGAUGUGCAGGUGAACGAGCCCCCGAUGGUAUGGCUGAUGUGAUUAGGUCCUAUGAUGAUGUCACUUGAAUAGAUAUGUGGACAGAGUUGGCAUCGGGCUUUGUUACAAGGAUAGGUUCCUGGGUCAGUGUUUUUGUUCAGUGAUGUGUGGUUGCUGGUGAGUAUUUGCUUUAGGUUGGGGGGUUGUCAGACAACCACUCAAGGUUUUCAAGGCUGCUUCCCCACUCUGAACUUUAGGGUACAAAUGUGGGGGCCUGCAUGAAAACUUCUAAGGCCUGGUCUACACUAGGCGUUUAUGUCGAAGUUAGCGCCGUUACAUCGAAUUAACCCUGCACCCGUCCACACUGCGAUGCUAUUUAGUUCGACAUAGAGGUCUCUUUAAUUCGACUUCUGUACUCCUCCCCGACGAGGGGAGUAGCGCUAAAUUCGACAUGGCCAUGUCGAAUUAGGCUAGGUGUGGAUGGAAAUCGACGCUAAUAGCUCCGGGAGCUAUCCCACAGUGCACCACUCUGUUGACGCUCUGGACAGCAGUACGAGCUCGGAUGCUCUGACCAGCCACACAGGAAAAGCCCCGGGAAAAUUUGAAUUUGAAUUCCUUUUCCUGUCUGGCCAGUUUGAAUCUCAUUUCCUGUCUGGACAUCGUGGCGAGAUCAGCAGCACUGGCAACGAUGCAGAGCUCUCCAGCAGUGAUGGCCGUGCAGUCUGUGAAUAGAAAGAGGGCCCCAGCAUGGACUGAUCGGGAAGUCUUGGAUCUCAUCGCUGUGUGGGGCGAUGAGUCCGUGCUUUCUGAGCUGCGCUCCAAGAAACGGAAUGCAAAGAUCUAUGAGAAGAUCUCUAAAGACAUGUCAGAGAGAGGAUACAGCCGGGAUGCAACGCAGUGCCGCGUGAAAAUCAAGGAGCUGAGACAAGGCUACCAGAAGACCAAAGAGGCAAACGGACGCUCCGAAUCCCAUCCCCAGACAUCCCGUUUCUACGAGGCACUGCAUUCCAUCCUUGGUGCGGCCGCCACCACUACCCCACCACUGACCGUGGACUCUGAGGAUGGGAUAGUGUCCACGGCCGGUUCCUCGGACAUGUUAGGGGACGGGGAAGAUGAGGAAGGAGAUGAGGAGGACGAGGCAGUCGGCAGCGCUCACAACGCUGAUUUCCCCGACUGCCAGGAUCUCUUCAUCACCCUUACAGAGAUCCCCUACCAACCGUCCCCAGCCGUUACCCCGGACACAGAAUCUGGGGAAGGAUCAGCCACCCCAUCUGUGACUGUCUCACAACCUAGCCUGGCAUCACACUCCCAGAGGCUAGCGCAGAUUAGGCGUAGGAAGAAGAGGACACGGGAGGACAUGUUCUCGGAGCUUAUGGCCUGUUCCCGAGCCCAGGCAGCACAGCAGACCCAGUGGCGGGAGAACUUGUCCCAAAUGCACCAAGCAAACAUGGAUCGGGAGGAGAGGUGGCGGCAGGAAGACCAGCAAGCGACUCAAACGCUGCUUGGACUACUGAGGGAGCAAACAGACACGCUCCGGCGCCUUGUAGAUGUUCUGCAGGAACGGAGGCAGGAGGACAGAGCCCCGCUGCAGUCUAUCUCUAACCGCCCUCCCCCGCCACCAAGUCCCAUACCCACCUCACCCAAAGUCCAAAGAAGGAGAGGCGGCAGAGUCCGUGCUAACUCUCACUCCACCCCUGCAGAGAGCUCUAGUAGCAGAAGGCUCUCAUUCCCCAAAAUUUGACAAGUUCUUUCCUUCCCACCUGACACAAGCCCCCGUCCAAGUUUCACCUCCCAGUUCCAUGUGUAGUUGAUAAUAAAAAAUACGUUUCUGUUAA